UGAGGGAAAUUUUGAUAUUAGGAUGAUUAUAUCACUUAUCGAGAAUGAAAAGAUUUUCUAUGCUAAAAAAGGGGGCAAAAAAAAAAAAAAAGUAACAUGUUUCCUUCUAAUCUCAGAGGAAUACAUACAUUAGUUUUAGUUUGUAGGUUUGUUAGUUUGUUUAUUUUUGGGAAGGAGAAUGUGAUAUUAGGGUUUUCUCCUACUUAUUUGUUAAGAACGAAAAGGUGUUUCCUUUUGAUCUCCGAAGCAAUGCAUGUGUGUGUUUUAUGCAACGCAUUGCAUGUCAGUUUUGGGAUGAUGGAGAUGGAAGUUGUUGCAUCUAAAUAUAUGGUAUGGAUGCAAGAGAAGGUUUAAUUGGAAAAUGGGUGUAAGGAGUUUUAAUGAGUCUGAAUGCGUAGCCUAAUACCGAACAAGUUUUACCAUUGCUGGUUGACGUGAUUGGCUCUAUCAUUAUGAGUUUGAAUGGAGAGAAGAUUUUGGCAUAAAUUAUUUAUAUGAACUCUGAAGGCAGCAUGGUUUUGGAAACACUUCAAAGAAAUUGUCUAGCUAAUGGGGACUCGGAGAAGAGUCUUAACAAACAAAGUCAUGUAGUUUCACAAAAUGGCAUCAUCGGAAGACAAGAAAAUUUAGGUUCUAAUCGAACUAGUACUAGUUGUAGUUAUGAUGAAAUCUUUGGUGAAGAAGAUAUGUUAACAAGGCACGCUAGAGAUGGGGAUGACAAUGAGGAUAUGGACACACCACCUGAUCUUGUUGUAUGUAAAAAAACAAGGCAAAGAGAUAUGACUUUCCAAGAUAUGUACAACAAUCAAGACUUGUUAGAUGAUGAUGAUGAUGACAGUGACUGGGAGCCAGUGCAAAAAUGUGUGGAAAUCAUGAAGUGGUUUUGUACCAACUGCACAAUGGUUAAUCUUGAUGAUGUUGUCCAUUGUGAAAUAUGUGGCGAACAUAAAGAAUCUGGUAUCCUGAGGCAUGGGUUUCUUGCAUCUCCUUUUUCCGAAGAUGCAGGUCUUACUGAUGUUGACACAGAAGUGAAGGGAAAAAAAGCAGACAAAAGCUUACAAUAUUCAUCCUCAAACAGUUGCACAGCCAUUGGUUUCGAUGAAAGAAUGUUGCUACAUUCAGAGGUUCAAAUGAAAUCACAUCCACAUCCAGAAAGACCUGAUCGCCUUCGAGCUAUAGCUGCUAGCCUCGCUACUGCUGGUAUAUUCCCUGGCAAAUGCUAUCCAAUUUCUGCAAGAGAAAUUACCCAAGAAGAACUUCAGAUGGUACAUUCCUUGGAGCAUAUUCAAUCUGUAGAGCUUACAAGCCAUAUUUUCUCUAGUUACUUCACUCCUGACACAUAUGCUAAUGAGCAUUCAGCACUUGCUGCUAGGCUUGCAGCAGGUUUGUGUGCUGAUCUUGCUUCAGCAAUUCUUUCUGGACGCGCCAAGAACGGUUUUGCUCUGGUUCGGCCUCCUGGUCAUCAUGCUGGUGUGAAACAAGCAAUGGGAUUCUGCCUCCAUAAUAAUGCAGCAAUUGCUGCAUUAGCUGCUCAGGCUGCUGGUGCCAAGAAGGUUCUAAUAGUUGAUUGGGAUGUUCAUCAUGGAAAUGGCACUCAAGAAAUUUUUGAGCAUAACAAAUCGGUUUUAUACAUAUCCUUGCACAGGCACGAGGGAGGAAAGUUUUAUCCUGGCACUGGAGCAGCUUAUGAGGUUGGUACCAAAGGUGCAGAAGGUUUCUGUGUAAAUAUUCCAUGGAGUCGCGGAAGAGUUGGUGAUAAUGAUUACAUUUUUGCAUUUGAGCAUGUUGUGCUACCUAUAGCGGCCGAGUUUGAUCCUGAUUUCACAAUCAUAUCAGCUGGAUUUGAUGCAGCAAGUGGCGAUCCUUUGGGUUGCUGUGAUGUAACUCCAGCUGGCUAUACACAGAUGGCAGAUAUGUUGUACACUCUCUGCAAUGGAAAGUUGCUUGUUAUUCUCGAGGGCGGCUACAAUCUACGUUCAAUAUCGUCUUCUGCUACAGCAGUUAUUAAGGUAUUGCUGGGUGAAAGCGCACCACGUGAGAUGGGCAACAUAGCCCCUUCUAAAGCUGGCCUGCAAACUGUUCUGGAAGUCCUGAAGAUUCAAAUGCACUUUUGGCCGUCUCUGGAAUCUCGUAUUGCAAAAUUGAAGUCGCAGUGGGAAGCAUCCUGUUCCAAGAAUAAAAAAGAACAAACUAAAAAGAGACGCAGGUUUGAUGUGCCAAUAUGGUGGAAAUGGGGGAGAAAGAAGUUAUUGUAUCAUUUCCUUAGCAGGCAUCUUCGAUUAAGAUUGGGGGAGCGUUGACUGAAUGAAUUUUCUUUUCUUCCGCCUCUUUUUGUCGAUCAAUUUUGUGAAUUUUUGUAUACCAUUAGCUGCAAGUAACUUGUUUAGGAUACUGCUCUCUUAGCGAUAGUAGCACGCAUUUGUUACAUUGGUUGCUUCUUAAUGUUCAUUGUUCUCUAAACAUUUGUGUUUUUGUUCA